ACAAGUUUCCAAAAUCAGACAGCAAAAGCCAGCAAGGCAAUCUACACAAGUGCUUGUCUGAUUCUGAAAGCUAAAACACUUCUAAUUAUAAAUGACACCUCAGAUUUCAUAACUGGGCCUCAUCAUGAUCUUCUUCUACAAUAUCUUAUAAUAUGCAUACAUGGCCGAGCCAAGGAAGCCGAUAAGCUGUCCCACGACAUUCAACUUCCACCGAAAAUAGCCCACCCGAGCAAAACCGUGAAGACAUCCUGCAAAAACAGGGUUACGCGCGAACUAGUCGUUUUAUUUUUUGGGGUAGAAAAUAAACAAUUUCAUUUCAGCUCAAAGAUGAAGAAAAAUCAUUAUUGUAUUGAGAAAGACACUAUAAUUGAUAAGGAAGGCCAGGAUGCAGGACAAAAAAAUCCCGGAGAACGCAAAUAUGGAAAAUUCAUUAUUGUCUCCAAAUCACCACUUACAAAGGUCCAAACCGAUAAAACGAUCCCACAUAAAAUUCCUACACCAAAAGUAAAGGUAAUUACUAAGUACAAACUUAUGGUCACUCACUCACUCACUUACUCACCAUUGCACCACAUAAGGCCAAAGCUAUUGAGUCCACUAGAUUUCCCUGUGGAAAAA